AGUAAUUUUUUUUAUAAAAAUGUGAUAAAUACUUUUAUUGGAGAUAUUUUUCUAUUAUAUUUUUGUAUAAUUGAAAUAGAAGAAAUUACAAUAAAUAUUUUCAAUUGCAAAAUUUUUGAAAUAAAUUCAAAAAAUGGAAAAGGAUUGUUUAAGCAAACAAAAUAUUGCUGGAAAAAGUGAUUCAGUUGGCAGUGAUUUGCAAAAAUUUUCUGAUUUAUUAAAAAAUCAAUGUUGGACUGAAUUAGUGCCUCUUAGAAUUUGUCACAAUCAUGAGAAACCAUCAAAAAUUAUUUGUAACACUUUUACUCAAAAUAUUUAUAAAUAUCCAACAAAAUAUCGAAAACAAAAGGAAAUAAAAAUUCCAUUACAAUGGAGACCUUUAGAUCAAAAUGGAAAACUUAUUUAUCCAUCAAUACAGUGUAUUACAGAAUAUGAGGAAAAAAUGAAGCAAAAAUUGGAGAAAAAAUCCAUGAAUUUGGAAUCAAUAUCAAAUAAUAUUAUAACAUUACAAGAAUUAGCUGAAGAAAAAAGAAAUUUCAAAUCAAAAAGAAGGAGAGUGAAAAAAGAACAGAAAGAUCCAAGGAUUUUUGAAAAAGAGAUUUUACGAAGAAGGGAAGCCGAAGCUCCUCGUGAUAUUGAAAAUCAAUUAAAUGAAUUACAUUCCCUUAUAAGAAGGAAUCAAGAGACAAAAAUUAAAGAAGAAGAUAUUUGCAAAUUAAUACAAUUAAGGCAAUGCAUCGAUGAUUCUCAAUUGGAACCAUACGACUAUUCUAAUUUCGAAGAGAUACGAAAGAGAAUUGUUGGAAAAUUGAGAAAACGAUUCGAUUUUAUCGCAAAAACAUUAGAAUUAGAAUCAGAAAUUGUCAAUGAUUACAAAGAGAGUCUUCGUACUGCGAUAGUUGACUUUAUAUUGCAAGAUUCUGAAAAAAGGAAACUCUUGCAAAUUGAAAAAGUACCUGUUGCAUUUCCAAUUUUCAAUAUACGAGCACCUGUCCCUUGGCACCAGAUGAAAGUCAUUUCUGAGCAUUUUAUGCAACACAAUCUUUUCAUAGGAAAUGAGAUUCCAAGGGAAAUUCGAAAUUUAUGGGAUCGAAGCUAUAAUACAAUGAUGAUUAUUAAAAUCGAUGAUUUUGGAACACUUCCAAUUCCUGCUUUAGAAAUACAAUCGCAAGUUAAUUGUAUUUGUCGAGCUACAAGUAGAAAAUUGAUAAAUGAAUGGCUUGCCGAUGUUGCUGAGAUAUUUCUCGAAAAUAAAAAUGCAUGGUCAAAUUAUUUUGAAAAAAGUUCAUCGGCCUCAUUGAAAAUAAUUGAAAAAUAUUUUCGUACCAUUAAUGCACUUUUAUCGAAACAAUUACGUUCAAUGGUGAUUAAAACUUUGAGACAUUUGCGAGAUUUUUUCGUCAAGUAUAAUAAUGGAAAUACUUUUAAUGGCGAUUAUCAAGAUUUAAUGUUUACUCGUACUCCUUUUAUGACAAUUGCAGUUGAUAUUAAAUUUGGAACAAAUGAUUUGAUAUUGAAACCAAGUGUUGUGGAAAUGCAAAAUAUAUUGUCAAUUUGUUUCGAUGAAAUAAUUUCCGUUGCCGCUAAAGUUCCAAAAAUUGAGACAAUUUUAUUUCCUGAAUUUGAGAACGAGGGAUUUCUUUCCCCUGUUUUAAGAGAAGAAGAGAAGGUCUCAAAAAUAGUUAAUGAAGCCUUAAAUGUUGUCGCUGUUAAUAUAAAUGGACCAAAUUUAUAUUUAAAAUCUUAUGACAAUCUUUUGUACAUUAUCAAUGGAUCUGCGAAGGAAAAAUUAAAUGAAUAUUUCACUCUUGAUCCUUUUCCCUCUUUGCGUGAAUUCGGGCACAAAAUCGAGGAUCUCGAUGAACUUAGCCAGAAAAUUUGUCUAUUUCGAAAUAAGAUUCCAUUGAAUUUGAUCGAGAUGGAUUGCUCUUUCGUUAACGAGUCAAUGCGACGAAUUUUAUUUGACGAUCUUCGAACAAGUAUCUGUGACUAUUUUCUAAAUGAAUUGCGUACGAAUAAUCAGCGUUUAUGUAAAAUUUUCGACGAAAUUGCAAGUCGAAUAUCAGGAAUGCCUGAAACAACACAAGAAGUUGUGGAAUUGAUUAAUUAUCUUAUUGAGAGUAGAGAUACAACAAUGUUCAAUUUACGUGGUGAUCUUUCACAUUCGGCAGAAAUGAUUUUAUUUCUCUUCAAUUAUCAUCCAUUGAUUGACGAGGAUAUUCAUCUAAAUACAAGAACACUGACAUGGCCAAAAGAAAUGGAAACAGUUAUGGAUCUUGCGAAUGUUCGAUUGAAUAUGAGAAAAGAUUUUGUCGAAGGUGUUCUUAAAGUGAGAAAAGAAAAUUUUGAGCAGAGAAUUACAAAAAUGAAAGAGAUUUUAGAUCAAUUUAAAAAGAAAGAUCCACCUGUUUUACGUAUGGAGGAAAUGGAAGAGGCUGUUGUGGAAAUUGAAGAUAUCUCUCGUCAAAUGACGGAUAUUUCGAAUGAGGCAUUACGAAUUAAUGAGGAAGAAGUUUUAUUGGAUUUGGAAAUUAGUCCCUAUAUUACAUUACCGGGAAUGUCAAAUACUGUGGAUAUUUUUGAUAAACUUUGGCAUACAGUUUUAUUGUUUCAUCAGAAUUAUGAGAAGUGGUUUUAUGGAUCAUUUGUUGGGCUUGAUGCGGAUGCGAUACUUGAAGAGACGGAUAAUACGUGGAAAAUUUUGUAUAAACUUUCAAGAGCUCUCACUGACGUUGCUGGAGCAAGACGAGUUGCCGAAAUGGUACGUGGAAAAGUUGAGAAAUUCAAACAAUUUCUACCAGUUUUGCAGACAAUUUGUAAUCCUGGCUUGCAAUCACGACAUUGGGAACAAAUAAGUAAAGUUGUUGGUGUUUCAAUAGUGCCAACAGAAAAUAGUAGUCUUUCACAAAUGAUUGAUUAUGGUCUUCCAAUUUAUAUAAAUCAGCUUGAGGAAAUAUCGUCCGCCGCUACGAAGGAGCAUGCACUGGAGAAGAAUUUAAAGAAAAUGCAAGAGGAAUGGUUGCAAAUUGUUUUUGAUUUGAGUCCAUAUCGUGAGACAGGUGUAUCUGUUUUGUCAGCCGUUGAUGAUAUUCAAGUAUUACUUGAUGAUCAUAUUCUGAAAGCACAAACAAUGCGAGGAUCACCUUUCAUUAAGGCUUUUGAACAUGAAAUGCAAUCGUGGGAAGAGAAACUUAUUUUAAUGCAAGAUAUUAUUGAUCAAUGGCUCAUGUGUCAAGCAACUUGGAUGUAUUUGGAACCAAUUUUUAGUAGUGAGGAUAUUAUGAGACAAAUGCCAACAGAGGCGAAAAAUUUUCGCAAAGUUGAUAAAAUAUGGCGAUCAAUAAUGAUAUACGUGACGGAGAAUAAAAAAGUUACUGUUGCAACGGGAAUGCCAAAAAUGUUGGAUCAAUUUAAAUUUUGUAAUCAACUUCUCGAUGAAAUUCAAAAAGGAUUAAACGACUAUUUGGAGAAGAAGAGAUUAUUUUUUCCAAGAUUUUUCUUUUUGUCAAAUGAUGAAUUAUUGGAAAUUUUGUCAGAAACGAGAGAUCCACAGAGAGUGCAGCCACAUUUGAAAAAAUGUUUUGAGGGUAUUAGUUCGUUGCGUUUUACAAAAGAGGCGGAAAUAAUUGGUAUGUUAUCUGAUGAAGAGGAAUAUGUGCCAAUGAGUGGAAAAAUUUGUCCAGCUGACGCUAAAGGAAUGGUGGAAAAAUGGCUAUGUCAAGUUGAGGAAUUAAUGAAGAGUUCGUUGAGAGAUAUUGCGCAAGAUAGUGUAAUAGCAUAUUUCUCGAGUACAAGGGAGGAAUGGAUUUUAUCAUGGCCGGGUCAAAUUGUCCUUUGUGCGAGUCAAAUUCAUUGGACUUGUGAGGUGGUCGAUUCAUUUCAGGAAAAUACCACGAGCAAUGUUUUGGAAAAAUGUAGUUCUCAAAUUGAUAAAACUGUUUCGCUUGUGAGAGGUAAAUUGGAACCGGGAGCAAGGAUUACAAUGAAUGCAUUGAUAGUAAUUGAUGUUCAUGCACGUGAUGUAGUGAAAUUAUUAUUGGAGAAGAAGGUGCAAAAUGAAAUGGAUUUCAACUGGAUUUCGCAGCUUCGAUAUUAUUGGUUAAAUUCGAGUAUCACUGUCUCGAUGAUCACAACCGAUGUUGUUUAUGGAUUUGAAUAUUUGGGAAAUUCGGCAAGAUUGGUGAUCACACCACUUACUGAUCGAUGUUAUAGAACUUUAAUGGGAGCAUUGAAACUUAAUCUUGGUGGUGCUCCGGAAGGUCCAGCGGGAACGGGAAAAACGGAAACUUGUAAAGAUUUGGCAAAAGCAGUGGCUAAACAGUGUGUUGUUUUUAAUUGUUCGGAAGGAUUGGAUUACAUGGCAAUGGGAAAAUUUUUUAAAGGUCUUGCUCAAUCGGGCGCUUGGGCAUGUUUCGAUGAAUUUAAUCGUAUUGAUCUUGAGGUACUUUCGGUGAUUGCACAACAAAUUCUCACAAUACAAAUGGCGAUUGGAACAAAAGUGGAGAGAUUUAUUUUCGAAGGAACUGAAAUAAAACUCAAUCCAACGUGUAAUGUUUUUAUAACAAUGAAUCCUGGUUAUGCUGGACGUCAGGAGUUGCCAGAUAAUUUGAAAGUUUUGUUUCGAACAGUCGCGAUGAUGGUGCCUGAUUAUGGAAUGAUUGGCGAGAUAACACUCUAUUCGUAUGGAUUUGUUGAUGCUAGGAGUUUGGCUGAUAAAAUUGUUCAUACUUAUAAACUUUGCUCGGAACAGUUAAGUUCGCAGAAUCAUUAUGAUUAUGGAAUGAGAGCUGUAAAAACUGUUUUAAUAGCGGCUGGUAAUUUGAAAUUAAAAUUCAAUCAACAAAAUGAAUCGGUAUUGGUUCUGAGGGCAAUUGUUGAUGUGAAUCUUCCGAAAUUUCUUGCUCAGGAUGUUCCGUUGUUUAAUGGAAUUUAUAGUGAUUUAUUUCCGGGUAUUGAAUUACCAAAACCUGAUCGUGACGUGUUGAUUGAACUUUUGAAGAGUAAUUUAAUUAAAAGAAAUCUUCAACCAACGCCAUGGUAUAUUGGAAAGAUUAUUCAAAUUUAUGAGAUGAUUCUCGUUCGUCAUGGAUUGAUGAUUGUUGGCGAACCACUGGGAGGGAAAACGCAAGCUUAUCAAACUUUAGCUGCCGCUCUCGGGGAUCUUUUUGUCGCUUCUAGCGAUAUUUAUGCCAAGAAAGCGAUUAUGAGAGAAUUUCGCACAAUUUACAGAAUUAUCAAUCCAAAGGCAAUAACUCUAGCUCAAUUGUACGGAAGUUUCGAUCCAGCUUCUCAUGAAUGGAGCGAUGGAAUUUUGGCCAAUACCUUUAGGGAGUUUGCUCAAUCUACUUCUUUGGAACGCAAGUGGAUAAUGUUUGACGGUCCAGUGGAUGCUGUGUGGAUUGAAAAUAUGAAUACUGUUUUGGAUGAUAAUAAAAAAUUAUGCUUAAUGUCGGGUGAAAUAAUACAAAUGUCAAAUAAGAUGAAUUUAAUUUUUGAACCAGCUGAUCUUGAACAUGCUUCACCGGCAACUGUCAGCCGAUGUGGAAUGAUUUAUUUAGAACCUUCUCAAUUGGGUUGGAUUGCUUUUUAUGAAUCGUAUAAAAAAUCAUUGAAGGAGAAAUUACUUGUGGAACAAUUUGAAUUGGUUAUGGAAAUUAUUGAGUGGCUUAUUGAUCCAGUAUUAAAUUUCAUCAAGUAUAAUUGCAAGACUUUUAUUGAAACUUCAGAUCUUCAUAUGUUUUUGUCAUUUACAAGAUUAUUGAGUACAAUGUUAGAAGGAGAAACACAAGUGAGUACAGUUUGGCUCCAAUGUAUAUUAUUGUUCAGCAUUGUUUGGGGAAUUUGUUCAACUUUAAUCAGCGAUAGCAGAAAACAUUUUGACAAUUUUUUUCGAUCACUGUUGAAUGGCUCAAUAGAAGAAAAUCCAAAACCAAAAGUUUUUAAAUUAACAAGACAACAACUUUUUCCCGAAAGAGGAACAGUCUUUGAUUGGUUUUAUGAUAAGCGGAAUAAUGGUAGUUGGAUCUCAUGGAUGGAUACGAUGACACCGCCAACUUUCCCGUCUAAUGCAAAAGUGAGUGAUUUAAUUAUUCAAACGAAUGAAAUGUCGAUACAGCAUUUUUUUGUGACAAAUUUACUUCAACGAUCGAUUCCAAUUUUAUUUGUUGGACCAACAGGAACGGGAAAAUCGGCAAUAGUUUUAAACUAUAUGCUAUCGUUGCCAAAGGAAAAAUUUAUUCAAAAUGUGGUGAAUUUUAGCGCACGAACGACGGCUGCACAAACGCAGGAAAUAAUAAUGUCAAAAUUAGAUCGACGUAGAAAAGGUGUUUAUGGACCUGCAAUGGGAAAAAAAUCGAUUCUGUUUGUCGAUGAUUUAAGUAUGCCACAAAAAGAAACAUAUGGAGCACAACCACCAAUUGAAUUACUUCGUCAGUGGAUUGAUCAUGGACAUUGGUUUCAUUUAAAGGACACGACAAUGUUAUAUCUUGUUGAUAUUCUAUUGAUUGCUGCAAUGAUUCCACCUGGCGGUGGUUCGAAUUUAGUUACAUCUCGAUUUACACGUCAUAUGCAUAUCGUGGGUAUUGAUUCAUUUGAAGAUGCGACAAUGACAAGAAUAUUUUCCUCUAUUCUCGAAUGGCAUUUUGCUAAAGGAUUUGAUGCUAAUGUGACAAGACUGGCAAAAAUGAUUGUCACUGCAACAAUGAAUGUUUUUCAGGAGGCAAUCAAGAAUUUUUUACCAAUUCCAGCAAAGAGUCAUUAUUUAUUUAAUCUUCGUGAUUUUAGUCGUGUUAUUAAUGGAAUUGUUCUUGUGCCUGCGUCACAUAUGAAAAAUCCGGAUAAAUUGAUUAAACUCUGGGUUCAUGAAGUUUAUCGAGUAUUUCAUGAUCGAUUAAUAGAUGAAGAUGAUCGUGAUAUUCUUUUUAGAAUAGUCAAGCACACUUGUUAUGAUCAUCUUCGACAACCAUUGGAAAAAAUUCUCGAUAAUUUUCUAAAUGAAGGAGAAACUAACAUUACCAAGAUUCACGUUAGAGAUCUUUUUUUUGGCAAUUAUAUGGAUCCGGAUGCGGAGCCAAAAAUUUAUGACGAGAUUAAUGAUCUUAAUGAUCUUCAGGAGAAAAUGGAUUACUAUCUCUCGGAAUAUAAUAUGAUUUCAAAAACUCCAAUGUCUUUGGUAUUAUUUCGAUAUGCUGUGGAACAUAUUUCGAGAAUUUCUCGUAUUCUUCUUCAGGAUAAUGGACACGCUCUUCUUGUGGGAAUAGGAGGAUCGGGACGAAGUUCAUGCGCUAAAUUAGCGACAAGUAUGUGUGAAUAUGUGAUGCAACAAAUUGAAAUUACACGAAAUUAUGGACAAAAUGAAUGGAGAGAUGAUUUAAAGGCACUAUUGCUGAAAGUUGGAAUCGAUGGAAAACGUACGGCUUUUCUUUUUGGUGAUAAUCAAAUUAAAGACGAGGCAUUUGUCGAGGAUAUUAAUAUGAUUCUCAAUACGGGUGAUGUGCCAAAUCUUUAUGUCACCGAGGAGAAAGCGGAAAUUCUCGAUAAAAUGAUGAAUGCAGUGAGAGAUAGUGGAGCAAAGAAAAUGGAAACAACACCAAUGGCACUUUAUAAUUUUUUCAUUGAAAGAAUUCGUAAGAAUCUUCAUAUUAUUUUGACAAUGUCACCAAUUGGUGAUGCAUUUAGAACACGAUUGAGAAUGUUUCCAUCGUUGAUUAAUUGUUGUACAAUUGAUUGGUUUACUGUUUGGCCUGAGGAUGCAUUAGAGAGGGUUGCACAAACUUUUCUCAAGGAUUUGAAUAUUGGAUCUGAGGUACGUGAUAAAUGUGUAAUUAUUUGUAAACAAUUUCAUACGAGUGUUGAUCGUGCAAGUGAGAAUUAUUUUCGAACACAACAUCGUAGGAAUUAUGUGACACCGACAAGUUUUUUGCAAUUGAUUAAAUCGUUGUAUAAAUUUUACGGUGAGAAAGUGGAACAAAUCACGAAACAGCAAUAUCGUUAUGAAACGGGUUUGGAAAAAUUGGAUUUUGCCGCUGGACAAGUUGUAAUUAUGCAGGAUGAAUUGCAUGCACUACAACCAAAACUUGUGGCACAAUCGCAAUUGAGUGAUAAAUUGAUGAUAAGAAUUGAGCAGGAUACUAUUAAUGUUGAAGCUAAGAAGGAAGUUGUUGCAGCCGAUGAAGCAUUAGCUAAUGAAGCGGCAGCUGCUGCUCAGGCUAUUAAAGAUGAUUGUGAAAGUGAUUUGGCUGAAGCGACACCGGCUUUGGAAGCCGCUUUGGCUGCUUUGGAUACUUUAAAACCGGCGGAUAUUACGAUUGUUAAAUCAAUGAAAAAUCCACCAGCUGGCGUUAGAUUGGUUAUGGAAGCCGUUUGUGUUUUAAAGGGAAUUAAACCAGAUCGAGUUCAAGAUUUGGCAACGACACAAACAAUGGAAGAUUAUUGGCCAGCUUCAAUAAGAAUGCUUGGUGAUAUGAAAUUUUUGGAUGGUUUGAAAACUUUUGACAAGGAUAAUAUACCACCAAUUAAUAUGAAAAAAAUUCGCGAUAGAUAUAUGAAUGAUCGUGGUUUUCAACCGGAAGUUAUUAAAAAAGUGUCAACAGCUUGUGAGGGUCUUUGUAAAUGGGUAAGAGCAAUGGAAGUUUAUGAUCGAGUGAUUAAAGUGGUGGCACCAAAGAAGGCAAUGCUUGCCGAAGCUGAGGGAAAAUUGGCAAUUCAAAUGGAAAUGUUGAAUGCCAAGAGAAAUCUUUUGCAGGAAGUUACGGGAAAAUUGCAACAAUUGAAUGAUGAAUUUGCUGAAUGUAUGAGGGAAAAGAAGAAACUUGAGGAUGCGAUUGAUAUGACAAUGCAAAAAUUAGAUAGAGCGGAAAAAUUAUUGGGCGGUUUGGGUGGUGAGAAGACGAGAUGGAGUCAAACUGCCGAGGCUCUUGGUUCAAGUCUUCAAAAUGUGAUUGGAGAUGUUUUAUUGGCUUCAGGAGUUGUCGCUUAUUUAGGAGCAUUUACUGUUGACUAUAGAAUUAGUUUACUUCAGGAAUGGCAUAAAUCUUGUGUGGAAAUGGAAAUUCCCCGAAGUUCGAGAUUUAGUUUGGUUGAGAUUCUUGGAGAGCCAGUGGAAAUUCGCUCAUGGAUGAUUCAUGGAUUGCCUGCCGAUAAUUUUUCCGUGGAAAAUGGUAUAAUUAUCAAGAGUGCUGAUCGAUGGCCACUGAUGAUAGAUCCACAGGGUCAGGCGAAUAAAUGGAUAAAAUCCAUGGAGAAGGAGAAUAAAUUAUCAGUGAUCAAAUUAACAGAUUCGAAUUAUGUCCGUGUUUUGGAAACGGCAAUUCAAAUGGGAAAUCCAGUUCUAUUGGAAAAUAUCCUGGAGGAGAUUGACGCUAUUUUGGAGCCAGUACUUUUGAAAAAUAUCUACAAGCAACAAGGUGUUUUCUAUUUGAAAUUUGGCGAGGAUGUUCUCGAGUAUGAUACGAAUUUUCGUUUUUAUAUAACAACACGUCUUCGUAAUCCACAUUAUUUGCCGGAGACUGCGGUAAAAGUGACGAUUUUGAAUUUUAUGAUAACUCUACAAGGUCUACAGGAUCAAUUAUUGGGAAUUGUUGUGGCCAAGGAAUUGCCAAUACUUGAGGAGAAAAAAAAUCAACUAAUUGUCGAGGGAGCAAAUAAUAAACGAAUUUUAAAAGAAAUUGAGGAUAAAAUUCUUGAAGUACUCUCAACAUCGGAGGGUAAUAUUCUCGAGGAUGAAACAGCAAUAAAAAUUCUUUCAUCAUCAAAACUUUUGUCAGAGGAUAUUCAAAAUAAACAAAAAAUAGCGGCAAAAACUUCUGAUGAAAUUGAUGAGGCGAGAAAUGGUUAUAAAGUUGUAUCACGUCAUGGAGCUGUUCUUUUCUUUUGUAUUUCGGAACUUGCGAAUAUUGAUCCAAUGUAUCAAUAUUCCCUGCCUUGGUUUAUACAUCUUUAUAUUAUGGCAAUUACUAAUAGUAAAAAAUCAAAAGACUUGGCGGAUCGAAUGAAAAAUUUGAAUGAUUAUUUUACGCAGAGUAUUUAUCGAAAUGUAUGUCGUUCUCUUUUUGAAAAGGACAAAUUGAUAUUUUCGCUUGUUCUUUGUGUUGGAAUUAUGAGAUCGGAGGGAAAAUUGGAAGAGGAUUUAUGGACAUUUUUAUUAACUGGCGGUGUUGCUUUGCAGAAUCCGUAUCCUAAUCCAGAUCCUUCGUGGCUAAUGGAAAAAUCCUGGUCCGAGAUUGUGAGAGUUUCACAAUUACUAGAUUUAAUAGAAUUGAAAAAGUCAUUCGAGACAUUCACCUCAAAAUGGAAGGAUUAUUAUGAUUUGUCAAAUCCACAGGAAAAUAAUUUCCCACCGCCAUUUGAGAAUGAGAUCAACAGUUUAAAGAAAUUAGUCAUUCUUCGAUGUAUUAGACCUGAUAAACUUGUGUCUGCAACUCAAAGUUUUAUUAUUCAUUAUAUGGGUCAAUCAUUCAUUGAACCACCACCUUUUGAUCUUCAGGACUCGUAUAAUGAUUCAAGUAAUAUUUCACCAUUGGUAUUUAUUCUUUCGUCUGGAUCUGAUCCAAUGACGGGAUUAAUUAAAUUUGCUGAGGACAAAGGUAUGGCGAAAAAAAAUCUCAUGUCCAUUUCUCUUGGUCAAGGACAAGGACCAAUUGCUGCUGAAAUGAUUAAUAAAGGCAUUAAAUCAGGUGAAUGGGUUAUUUUACAAAAUUGUCAUUUGGCUGAGUCGUGGAUGAAGGAAUUGGAUCGAAUAUGUGAUGAGAUCAUUACAUCAGAGAAUACACAUCAGAAAUUUCGAAUAUGGCUAACGAGUUAUCCGUCGAAAUCGUUUCCUGUUUCAAUUUUGCAAAAUGGAGUGAAAAUGACAAAUGAAGCGCCAAAAGGUUUAAAGAAUAAUUUACUGCGAAGCUACACGAAUGAUCCUAUAUCGGAUACAAAAUUCUAUAAUAUUUGUCCAAAAAUUAACGAGUGGCGAAAUCUUCUUUUUUCACUUUGCUUCUUUCACGCUGUGGUCCAAGAACGACGGAAAUUCGGUCCUCUCGGCUGGAAUAUUCCCUAUGAAUUCAAUGAAUCUGAUUUACGAAUCAGUGUUCUACAAUUACAGAUGUUUUUGAAUGAUUACGAAGACGUGCCGUUUGAUGCUUUACUUUAUUUAACCGGCGAGUGUAAUUAUGGAGGAAGAGUCACUGACGACAAGGACAGAAGAUUAUUAAAUUCUUUAUUAAAAAUUUACUAUAAUAAAGAAGUAAUUUCAAAUCAAGCGUACUCCUUUUCACCGAGUAAAAUUUAUCAUCUUCCAAAAAAUACAAAUCACUUGGAUUGUCUCAGUUAUAUUCGUAAUUUACCGAUAAAUCAAUUGCCAGAAGUUUAUGGUUUACAUGAAAAUGCCGAUAUAACGAAGGACAAUAAAGAAUCAAUGGAACUUCUCGAGGGAGUUUUAUUAACUCAAAUUCAAAUAACAAGCGUUGGAGCCGAAGGUGAUAUUGAAUCGAUUGUUUCGAAUCUUGCAAUAAAUAUUCUAUCAAAUAUGCCAGAACAAUUUGAUGUUGGAAAUAUUUCAAAAAAAUAUCCUGUUCUUUAUAUAAACAGUAUGAAUACAGUUUUACGACAGGAAUUGAUAAGAUUUAAUAGACUUACGGCUGUGAUUAAGAGUACAUUGAAAAAUAUUCAGAAAGCUAUUAAAGGUGAAGUUGUAAUGUCACCAGAUUUGGAGGAAGUUUUUUAUAGUAUCAGUAUUGGAAAAGUUCCGAGUAUUUGGGACAAAAAAUCUUAUCCAUCACUAAAACCACUUGGGAGUUAUGUGAACGAUUUAAUAGCCAGGAUUUUAUUUCUUCAAGAAUGGAUCGAUAAUGAUGCGCCUGUCGUUUUUUGGAUAUCAGGCUUUUUCUUCACGCAAUCGUUCUUAACUGGAGUGUUGCAAAAUUACGCUCGUAAACACACGAUACCUAUCGAUCAUUUGGAUUUUGAAUUUGAAGUUACUUCAAUGGAAACGAAUGUCAAAACCUCUCCUUCCAGUGGUGUUUAUAUAAAAGGAUUAUUUUUGGAAGGCUGCAGAUGGAAUAGAGAAAAAAUGGAGCUGGAUGAAUCAAAGCCAAAAAUUAUGUUUGAUACAGUACCAAUAAUUUGGUUGAAACCGGGAAUUAAAGAACAAUUUAAAAUUUCAAACGUUUAUAAUUGUCCGGUUUAUAAAACAAGUGCAAGACGAGGUAUUUUGGCGACAACAGGACAUUCGUCAAAUUUUGUUAUGUACAUUUUUUUACCAUCAAAAUUAGAAGAGUCACAUUGGAUUAAUCGUGGAGUCGCGUGUCUUUGUCAACUUGAUGAUUGAAUUUUUUUUUUUCGAGAUAUUCUCUCUCGCGAGGUAAAUAUAUUUUUUUAUUUUUUAUAUUCUAUAGAGAAAGUAGAUAAUUAAUGAUAUAGAUAAGAAAUUAUUUAAAAUUAUAAAUAAAGUAAAUAAAAUUAAA